CCUUUCGAGCUGCAAACAGACCUACGGUGACUGUCCUCUUUUGACCGAGAGAAAAGACAAAUGCCUUGUGAGUUAUCUAUAUCGAAUCUUCACAUAACUGCACCUGCCAACGGUCCUAAUAAUGGAAUUGACAUUUCGUUAUCAACCCAAGUUCUUAUAUCUGACUCUUUUAUAGGAACUGGUAAUGACUGCAUUGCUAUAAAAGGUGGAGCAGGUGCAUGCGACAGAUUGUACUUUCAAUGCGACCCAGGAUGGAGCAAGAAUCAAGACGAUGCCAGUAAAUGUAUUGGCAUGUUUGCCAAAGGAAACCAAAAUUUUAUGUGGAAUUGAUAAAGCUUAGAAGAAAAAUACCAUACA